AUGGGGGCCAAGCAGUCAAGGGCUGACUCCAAGGCCAAGAAUCCUAAAGGGAUGUUGCUGUUAGGGAGGAGGCAGAAGUUUUCCCCAUGGGAUGAUGCACUCCUCUCUGGAAGAGAUCCAAGGUCCCUGCUGAAGCGUGGUAUGCGUCACAUCAGCUUUAGCCUAGUCACAAAGGGGAUGACAGAUGUCCCAGACUUCUUGUGGGGUCUGUUGGAGGUCCAGAAGCUCAAUCUGUCUCACAACGAGCUCAGAAUUCUCCCUCCUGAGGUGGGGCAGCUGACUCGGAUUGUGGUCCUGAAUUUGUGUGGGAAUCGCCUGAAGAGCCUACCUGGAGAACUCAGCCUCCUCAAGAACAUGAAGGUCCUGUUUGUCAACAUGAACUGCCUGACCGAACUGCCGGCUGAGCUGAGCUCCUGCAGAAACUUGGAGGUGCUGAGCCUGUCGCACAACUGCCUUUCCCAGCUACCUGCCAGCUUUGCUGACCUCUCCAGGCUGAGAAAGCUGAACCUCAGCAACAACUACUUUGCUCACAUCCCCAUUUGUGUGUUUUCAUUGAAGGAACUGGACUUCCUGCAUGUGGGCUCCAACCGACUAGAGAACAUCGCGGAAAGCAUCCAGUGCCUGGCAAACCUGCAGAUCUUCAUUGCAGAGAGUAACAACAUCCAUUCCUUUCCCAGGUCUCUCUGCUUAGUCACCAGUCUGGAGCUGCUGAACUUGAACAACAAUGACAUCCAAACCCUCCCAGAUGAACUCUACCUGCUGUGUAGACUGACGCGGAUUGCCUGGAAUCCAAUGGACAAAGGGCUCCAUAUUUCCCAUAACCCUUUAUCCAAGCCACUGCCAGAGCUGGUGGAGGGAGGUCUGGAGAUGCUGUUUAGCUACUUGAAGGACAAAAAGCACAACUGA